AUGUCGCAUGAACUGCCACAUCCAGAGACGGCGUCUGAAAAAGCCUGCAAGCAGUGGGCGACUACGGUGAUCAACCAAUCACCCUUCUGCAAUCAACCCAAGGUUGUUGACAUAGCUCUUCAACAAGACCAAAAUCAGGUUAAGGCCUUAGUCUUUUCCAGACAGCUUGCAGCUAGCAUACAGCGAGCGCUUUGUCUUGGGAGAAGCUUCCGAAAAUUCGAAAGCGAAGCUGAGGUUCAUCGACAGCGAUUUGAGACGCAGGGUCAGGAUGCUGCCGGUAUAGCUGAGUCCACGGACUUUCGGUUACAACUCAAGAAGAAAGAACUGGAACAAGCCGGAACUCCCAGCGACAGACAAGCGGAAGAAUUGGAUGAUCUAUGGCAACAGUUGAUGCGAAGCCGAAACAACCAGGGAAUCAUCCUCAAUAACAAAUCAAUGCUAGAAGACGAACUCAAUGCAAAGCGAAAUGCGUGGCGCGAUGCUUGGCUGGUCGUUGACCGUAUGCUAGAUCCGGUGUUGAUAGAAUCGGGGUUCCUCAAGCCAUAUCCAGAGCAGAGGCAAGGAAAUGCUGAUACCAGGCGAGCAACGAAAAGACAUCAUGGGAAUGGUAGAUCCCAGAUCAAUGCUGCCGGUGUUGAUCGUCAGAGUGAUACAGCAGACCGACCGCAAAAUCGGGCAAGAGUUGUGAUGGACAUAUCUGGAAAGCAGCAGGCUGCCGAGAUAGCGGAACUUCUAUACAGAAAGUAUCGGGAUAACUUCGAUGAUGAGCUGGAUAAGGCUAGAUCAAAGAGCGGAGACAAUACUGGAACAAGAGGGUCUGCAUCCGUAGCAGCAGACGACGAAAAUGAAGCUAAAGCUCGCGAUGACUUCCGCCAGGACAUUUGGAUUACAAAAGCGCAAGAGCUGGGCAGGGCGUGGGAACAAAAACGGGAUGACCUGAAGUCCGCGCAACUACGUGCUGUCGAAUUGCUCCCGGGACUUGAGAGCAGCCUAUCCAUACGGUCCAGUUACUUUAAUGUGACCGAGGAUGGGGUGUGGAGAUCCGGAGAAUCAGCAAGGUUGAAGCUGAUGAAAGCUUGUCAAGGCUGGCGUCAGAUCGCGGCAAGCGAGGGUCUUGGGAGUGACGUAGGUCACUCUGUGACCAGCCCGAACAACAUGAGGGACAGCAUCUAUAAAUACUCGCGGUUCUCGAGGGAUGAUUGA